CAUUCCUAUCCGUGACGUGUUUACUUCACACUUAGUGACUUGUCGUGAAGACUACUCGAAACGACGAAAGCAGCACACAACCUUGUACACUACAGUGUCGACAACACCGUUAAAGAGCCCGAAAUGAAAACAAGAAUAUUGAGUAGGAACAACAUGGUAACUGAGGUAAGAACUAACACCGUGAUUCCUAAGCAUCCACAACGCAAGUUACAUCUUCCUGUUUAUUUAGAAAACUCGUUUACUGGAGAUACAGAAAUACAUUCAAUCCAGUAAUCCAGUAUUACUUUUAUGUACCGUACAAUACCAUGUAAUCGUGUUCAAAAUAGCAGACCUUGUCAUUACUGCAUGCUGUUGUAGGUCCAAACUCAGUUUAUAUUGAAACCGAGGUCGGAGUAUUUUCGAUUUACACUAUUUACCAAAUGAAAUCAAGCAUUGUAUCUAACCGUUAAAAUCAUCAUGAUUCAUGGCCUUGCUUCCUUCCUGAUGGCAAAUGUACCAUACACAGACUGUAUAGGGAUGGUAAUUUAUGAAAAUAUACGCAAUUUCUAAAUAUGACAAACAUGCAUGUAUAUGGUUGGUUGUGCGACCAUUCCAUUAUCGAUGACAUAAUUUGUAUUACAUCAUUAACUAGUCAUACCAAGUAAGGUAAUGUAUAUAGAACAUGCAGCAUAUAUAAUCGCUGAGAAGACUGCAUGUAAACAGAUUUAUCCAUCCGUUCUAGGUUUUACAAACCAAUAUGAGUAUGGACAGUAUUUUGCUCGACCUAUGGUGUACCCGAGUAUAAAUAAAGUUUAAAAUGAACAAAUCAGUAAAAAUAUAAAUAAAUAAACAAAUAGACAGGUCGGACUCUUUAUAGUCUGCUACCUCUCACUCAACUCAGUGUUGAAUGACGAUUUAGCAAAUAAAGGUGGUAUACAAUCAAGGUGCAGGUGCAUGUAUUUUGCAGGUUCAUGCAUGUUGGUUAUAGUUGUUUCGACCGAGAUUGCCAUUGUCAAAUAUUACAUUCAUCAGCUAUUGCUGUAUAAAUAUUAUAUAACAGUAUCAGUCCAUUCACCUGCUCAACGCAUUUGCUUUAGGUUCAAUCACGUGCAAGUUAAAACUAAAGUAGUUUUGUUUUAUAUUGGAUAAUGUAUCAGUCCAAUCUGUUUGUUGGGAAGGCAUCACAACUUUCUCCAAAUUAAGUUCAUAUAUAAUCGUUAAGAUUUUUUGGUGGCAAUUGACGUUUACAUGGAGCAACCGUUCAAGGACUCAUAUAGCUGUCUCGCGUUUCCUAACUCCAAUUUGAGGUAAAAAAUAAUUAGAAUAGCUAUACAUUCGGAUUUCAUAUAUAUGGUUAAUAUAUUCGGAUUUCAUAUAUAUGGUUAAUAUAGUUGAUUGUAGUCAUUCUCCUAUAUAUAGUUCAAAUUUCGCGUGACUUAUAUUGAACAUAUUUUCCGCUUGGGUAGAUACAUGCAGGUAUGCUAUAUAGUACAGACCUUUCUUAUAACUGACGUCAAACACGGAAAGUCAUUGGCGAGCCAAUAAAUUUCGUAAAACCAUCAUUUGCAUUACGAUUGUCGCUAAAAAGUGUCCCUUGCGGCUUGGGACGUGCAUCGCAUUACGUGUUUUUCCGCGUUUGACGUUAUUAUAAGAAAGGUCUAUAUUGCAUGCAGUGCACGUAUACCUUUUCCGACACUCAACGCCACGUGGUAUUUUAGUACUUCCACGUGCAUGAAAUGACGUUACUGACGUAUUUGGACCAGUGAACUCUAUAUAUAUAUAUAUCUGGAACGAUAACAUUCAGUCAUUUGAUUGCGAAAAAAAUGAAGCCUCGAUACCAGUCUUUCACGCGGAUUGGACGUCAGUCUCAGUCCCUCAAACGUCAGGUUUACGCGGAUUGGACGUCAGUUUCAUCCCCCCUCUUGCAAACCGUUGCACGGCCAGUAUAAAUUUGAACGCAAUCACGAAAAAAAAAUUAAAAACAUGGCCAACUCAAUGCAAUACAUUUUAGGAGCAAACUGUUUUGCUCCUAAAAUUUACUGCAUUGAGUUCCCUGUCGGAAAAAAGUCGAGGAAAACUUCCCCGUGUGAAGAAAAGAAUCACUUUUUCAAAUAUAUUGUGUCGUACUGUCGUUCUGGAUGCACAAGGAAAGAGAUAUUCUUGCGAGAAAAUUUCAUUUCACAGGUAGGUAAAUUGACUUGCAACUGUGACUUUGCCGUUUUUGCAACUGUGACUUCGCGAUUGUUUGAAUUGUUUUUUAGUUUACCAGUUUUAUAGUUUUUAGUCAAUACACUGGUACGUUAUUUUUUAAAGAAUUUAUUGUGUGAUCGGAAUUUGCCUGCCAGCAAAAUGUAAAUGAAUAUGUACGUGUGUUUGAAUAUAAAUUAGACCAUAUGGGCUUAGUAAAAACUUAUUUUAAUAACUACGUUUCGGAGUAUAACUCCAUCUUCAGGUUAAAAGUGAAUAAAGAUAUAAAAACUGUGAUAAAAACUUUCAAAACAAUUACAAAUUUUAUAUGUAAGUGAUUUUUAAUACUGUAAGAAAGUUCUUGAACAGUUGAUGACGAAGACAAUGACGAAUACUUAUGUCGUGAUUUUUUUGUCGGCUUCACUUUUCGCUCGCUGUUAUCAUUCCAGAUAUAUAUAUAUAGAGUUCACUGAUUUGGACAAACAACUUUGGCGUUGUUCAAUUAAAUUAACUCUGUUUAUUUGAAAGACAGUUCAUAGAUUAUAAAUAUUCGGUCUAACACAUGCAAUCCGAAGGCGACGAUGUGGUUGAGUAUUAAAACAUAGUAUGAAACAACAUAUAGCUAAUGAACUAUUGUAUAUUUGACUGAGUUGUUUGUUUUCUUGUUUACGCGAAUUUUUUUAUCUGGACCACGUGGAGAAGCUAAAAACACCACUUUGUCUUUGUUUUAUUUGAGUGUAGGAACAAAGUAUGGCGCCAUAUAUUCCCGCCGACAUGCAAUAAUCAAUAUUCCGCAUGUCUGCAUCAUUAUUUAACUGCAUGGUAUAUGCUAUAGCUGUUUUCAACAGUGAAGUCAAAUCGAACACAGAACUUGUUGAUUAUUCUGCAUAUUUUCGCAUUCAUGCAUCGGUAUUUAUUUCCACAAUACAGUGACGUACGUAAUACCUAAAUAGACUGAUUUAGAAAACACAACAAUCUCGUUCUCAGAGUAUGCCUGUUCGCGGGUUAGGUAGUGGCACUACCUAACCCGCGAACAGGCAUACUCUGGGAACGAGAUUCUGAAAACACGACUGAAAGACGCGCCUUCGAAACAACGAAUCACUCUUCAUGUAACUCAACAACGUAAUUGUCAUUCUGAAUACAACGUUAAACUCAUAUUUUCACGUCAUUGGAGCAAUGUGAAUGCCUGCAUGAGCAAUGUGAAUGCCUGCAUGUUGCGACGUUGGAUCGAUGACUUACAUAAAAUCUGUCUCAUAGCAGACACUGCACGGUUGGUUGUAAGGUUAUUUUAAAAAACUUCAAUUUAUUACAGUAACAAUGUUCCUUAACUCUCAAUCUUGAGCUGAAAUUGUCGUCUUUUUUAAAUCUGUCUUGCAUCAAUGAACUUAUAUAGUGUUUCCAUGUUGACUCUUCAUCUGACAAUUGCGAAAUUUUUUAGAAUCACAUUCUUACAAUAAGUUCACAUACAAUAGGAUUAUUUUGAAAAGCUAGAAAAGCUGAAAAGCUGGAGUUGACGUAUGAUGUAGUGAUUAAUUACUUUUGACUAAAUCAAUGAAAUAUCUCUCAAAGUAAAAAUAAAAACACGGCAUGAUAUUAGUCGAAAUUAGACUGUAGCAUGAAUGUAGACUUUUUUGUGCAUGCAUGUUUGUUGGUAUAUCGCUAUGGUAGAAAUAUGCAGGUGUACGCCUCCAUAUAUAGUUGCCUACGCACAUGCUUAUGUGUAUUGUAAGGCAAUGGCGUGGGUUUCCGAACGGCGAAACAAAGAAAACGAAAGUAUAUAAGUCAUAACAAAAAUGAAAAUUAUAUAUAUUACACUUUCCUGUCGUCCUCCCCUGAUCUUUUUGAUUGACAGUGUAAAUUCCAUGCCUUUUUUUACAAAGAAACAAAGAAAAGAAAAGUACAUAAAUUAACAAAAAAUGAAAAUUAUAUAUAUUACACUUUCCUGUCUGUCCUCCCCUGAUCUAUUUGAUUGACAUUGUGAAUUUCAUGCCUUUUUUACAAAGAAAUAAAGAUCAGGAAAGUACAUAAAUUAACAAAAAAUGAAAAUUAUAUAUUACACUUUCCUGUCUGUCCUCCCCUGAUCUUUUUGAUUGACAUUGUGAAUUCCAUGCCUUUUUCACAAAGAAAUAAAGAUCAGGAAAGUACAUAAAUUAACAAAAAAUGAAAAUUAUAUAUUACACUUUCCUGCCCUCCUCCCUUGAUCCUCUUGAUUGUCGGUGUGAAUUUCAAGUCUUUUUUACAUCAAAUAUGUGACCCGGAUUUCAUGCUUUUGCGCUGAAUUUCACAUUGUGAAAUAAAAGGCAAGAACGAGCUUGACGUGAUAUUCAGAGCAUUCGCCUGGUCAACCCUUAUACUUGUCAAUGUAUUUUAUAUCUAUAUCGUAUCAUUACAUAAUAGGCGGAUUUCCCGUGAAUUUAUGUGGAGAGUAACAUUAUAUUCAAGACCUCAAAGUAACUCAUUAUACGUGUGCGGCCUUGGUAAUUGCUUAAGCCAAGUGUGAAUUAUACUUUGUUUAUUUACCAAAAUUGACACUAUGGUUCAUUUGUGUGUUUUUCCCGCCCUACGGAAAAGAUUAUGACAUUACACGCCGUGCUAUAAGCAUUGCACGUCCUCUUAAAAUCUGCACUCUACACAGCUUUUAGAAAAUGCGAUAUAUUAAACAAAACAUUCUUUUGUUUCUUUCACAUACACUUUUUGUAUUUCGCUCUAUGUAAGUCACUUAAAUAUUUAUGUAAAUAUUAUAUGUUAUCUUUAAGCUAUACCAAAAAUAAAAUCAUUAAAUAUGCCAGCCAAGUGUUGAUGAUGUAUACUUCUAUAAUAUUUAGAAAGAAAACAAUGGCUUGCGACCAACUCACUGUCUCGUAGACUUCACAGUCAAUUAAACGCAGUGCUGUAAAAGUUACAUAUUUUUGGAACUGGCUACAAUUACAUGUCUAGAAAAAGUAAAAGGAACUAAUUAUACCGCGGUAACAGAGUCGCAUCAACUUAACAAACAGAUAAGAUUUUGAAUCUUAGGCUAUCUAUUUGUUUUAUUUAAUAAAAAGAAAACCCCCGAAUUAAGCAGGACUGGUAUAAAUAGCUUACUUUUUAUCCACCCAAACAUUUGGAAAUUUGAAAUAUAUCACGCGUGCAUGAUCUAUACAAAUAAGGGAAUGCUAUUGGAUAAGGUUUUGUGUGACGUAAUUCCGUGCGUCUGUCCUCUAAUUCAUGGCUCUCGACCAAUGAAAGGCUUGAAUAGAUAGACAGAUAGAAAUUUUAUUUAUACACGCCUACCCUGAUUUCCACGAGGGGUGUGUGCCAAAAAAUUUUUUUUUAAUAAUAUAAUAAUAGCGUGGUUCAUUUACACGUGACGUUCAAUAGCAGAUUGGCUGAAUUACAACGUGUUUACAAGCAAGUAUUAAUUAAAAUUAUUUACAACAUUAUUUUUACCUAACAUAUAUAUUUUAUAUGUGCAUUAAUAUGAUUAUAUAGUAAAAGUUCUAUUUAUCUAAUUUAAAAUUGUUAGUAGUUAUUGAUUGCAUAAACUAAAGGAUUAUUUCUACAUCGUUCAGUUUUACAAAAGAAUAUUUAGAGCUAUUUACAAAAUAUAUAAUUUAUAAAGAUAUAGAGUAUUAAAAAUAGUAACAUGAAAAAGUUUGGUAGACUAUUUACAGGUACAUUAUUUACAAUACUUACUCAUCAAUGUGAGCAGCGAUUUUAUUUCGAAAGGAAGAAAGUGACUUGCUUUCCUUAAUUUCUUUUGGAAUAUAAUUCCAAAGGUUUGCUCCGUCAUACAUAAAACUAUUUUUCAUGUUAUUAGUACGAGGUUUUGGUAAACAAAGACCAGUUGAAAUGUCCCGUAGGUGAUAGCUUGUUUUCUCACCUUUAUAUGAAAAUAGAUUUGUGAGUGAUUUGGGACCAAUUUAAUUUAAUACUUUAUACAUCAUUUUUGCUUUAGCCUUCUUCUUUUCUGUUUUGAGUGGUUCCCAACCCAAUUCACACAAAGCAAUAGAAUUAUUUACGUCAUUGCUCGUGCAUAUUCAAGAUAAUUCUAGCAGCUCUAUAUUUUGCAGUUUUCGAUGUCGUUUUGAUUGUGUUCCGCCAAACACAUCCCAUACUCUGAUACUCCGCGAAGUAUCGGCCGAACAAUAUAGCGUUAUAUAUAUGGAAAUAUGUGUUUCUUUGUCAACAAAAGGUUUGACUCGACGAAUAUAGCAGAGAUUCCUGAUGUUAUUUUUUUUGCAAAUAUUUUCAGUGCUACUUUUCCAAGAUAAAUGCUGGUCAACUGUUACUCCAAGCGUUUUGCAUCAUAAACUUGUUUAAUUUGUUUAUUUUCAAUGAAAACAUUCGGCCUGAUGAGAAUGGUUUUGAACCAAUUAAAAUGAAUUCAGUCUUGGCUAAGUUUAUUAGCAAUUAACCAUUAACCAUCUGAUCAUAAUUUACUGCAGCCUCAAGAUCAGUUAUAGAAUCUCCUGAAGCUGUCAGAUGUUUGCUGUGUCGUCAGCAAACAAACGCGAUUUUGUUUUAUUUAGACAUUAAGGUAAAUCAUUUAUAUACAGCAAAAAGAAUAGUGGCCCCAAAAUAAAGCCUUGUGGUACGCCACAUUUAAUUAAUCGCUCAGAUGAAAAGGAGUUUCUAAGUUACUUGCAAAAAUGAGUAACCCAAAUCAUUUUCGUACAUGCAUGCAAUUUCAAAUUAUACAAACGAGGUACAUGCAACCUUGCACGUUGUUGACUACUUUUCAUGCAGUUUUAUUCAGAUGCAGGUCAAACUGGUUAUAGUUUCUGGUAUCUCAGUAAAUUAUAGAAGUUGCAAACCAGCUAAAAUAAUGCACUGAAUAAGUUGAUCAGUAAAUAACAAUAUACUAUCUUUAUCGACACAUUCCACACUAUACUGGUUUUAAUAAUUAUAUUAGUACUGCUAUUAUCCCUCUUAGAAACAUUUUUGUUUCCUUUAUUUACCAAAAUUGACACUGUGGGUUAAUUUGUGUUCCUUUCCAGUCCUGCAGAAAUAAUUAUAUACACUAGCUGCACGACUUCCUUCUUUACUGAAAAACGUGAAAAGAAAAACUACUAAAUGAUAAGGUGUACGAAUAUGUUCUUUCUUUUCUUUCACACCCUUUCUUUCAAUCUUUAAAUUAUUCAAUCAUUUGAACCAACAAAUAGGGUAAAAUUAUAAAAAAAUAAAAGUUGUAUAUAACCCUUAUAAUAUAUUUAAAAAGAAAACAAUGACUUGCGACCAGUCUCUUACUCUCCCUUGGAGUAGAACAAAUUUUCAUACGUUUUUGAACUACACAAAGGGGGUUGUAUAUAUACUGAGAUAGACGUAACAAAAAUAAAAAAUAUCGUUUUGGGUGCUAGCUAUUGGCUGUAAUACUGCAAAUUCACGGAGUUUUCCGAAAUAGUUCAGCGCAUCAUGCAGUAGGUGAACAUCCUUGUAUUUGUUAAAACAUCACUGAUCCUUUGAUUUGCAAGUUUGAUCGACUUCGCAAAUUGCCUAGGUUCCAGUCUUCUCGCAUGAAAAAGCGCUGAAACAUAAAUAGAAGACCCUACGUAUAGGCUGGCUGAUUAUGUGAAUAAGAUAUCUGUUAAUUCAAUGAAAAACUAAAUCAAGAAUUUUAUUAAUUCAGACCGAUAAUUACAGCACUUCUAUUCAGUGUCCUGUGGAACUUUCUUUCAGAGUAGUGGACAUGCAAGAUAUAAUCAUGGAAAAAUGUGAUGAAAUAUGAACCUUUUACUUCUAGAGUCACUUAACUCCAACCUUUUGCUUCUAUAGAGUCACUUGACAUUAAACUUACCAAAUUACCAAUUAACCCAUUGUAUUCUAGAGUUAAUUAAUUCCAACUUUGUCAAAGGUAUAAUAAGUUCAAAAUUUGGAAGUGGUCAAUGAAAUUUAAAACUUAAAGUUUGCAUGUAACAGUUCGAUAGGCUAAAAUUAGUACAAUCAAGUAAAAAUCCGAUAUUUUACCCUUGCAUUCUUAAAAGAUGUUUAUUUUCUGCUUUUUUUAGUCUGCUCUUCAAAUCUAUUUAUCUCACAAAACAACAACCUUAAAAUAUGAGACUUUGCAUGCAUGACGAAAUAACGAAUUGCAGGAUUACCGCACUAACCACUAAUUAAGAAGUCUGAAGCAAAAAUGACAUAUUACAAUAUUAGAUAGAAGAAAUCACACAGGAUACACGUCAUAAUAAAGAAAAUCAUUCAGUAUAAUAUGCAUUCUACAUUUUUGGCUAGAUUAUAGAAUUUAUAUGUACAGGGUAAACAAAGAAGCAGUUAAUUUAUAUCUAACAAUGUCAUAUAGGAACUUUAAAUUAGCUAUAUAUACGAAUUGUUAUGCAGAUUUCAUCAAUUCACCCUUCUGCAAUCGGCACGAACAUAGAAAACAGAGAUUCGAGUGGUUUAUAAUCAGUUUUCUUCGUGUUGAGAAAUUAACAUGGUCAAAGUUAAAAUUAGAGUAAUAUACCAGGUAUAGAAUUUACUCUGAUUUUAGAGUAUAUCAAUUAAGGACGUCCAGAGAGGGGAACUCAGAACUGGCAAUUUGGCCAGGUCCCUAUAUGUCUCGUAAUGAUCCUCUUAUGAAUUACAUAAACUCCUAGGGGCCGGUACGUUGUUCAAAGCUGGAUUAUCGCUAAUCCUGGGUUAAACUUUAACCUGCUGUGUUGGUUGGUAUUUCAAUACGUCCGUUUAUUUCAAAACUUCAGAAAAGGAAACAUCUAUAUUGAUCCAGACAAGAUUUUUGAAAAAAUAUUUCCAAGUUUAACAACAACUGAGCUGUUGGGAAGUUUGCUUUAUAUUUUAGGUUAACCUAGGGUUAAGCUAACCAGCUUUCGAACAAUCGCUCCUAGUAAUUACCCCUAUCAGCCAAUGGCAAUGAGAGAUAAUUUUUUCGGAAUCAGCCAUGCAGGUUGUAUAGGACGAAUAAUACUUUUACAAUUAGCAAUCUCAAGAAACGUUACGUGCAAAGUUUAGGUGGCAGACACUGAAUACAUGAUUAAGUGUCAUCCUAUAGAUGAGCAGCUAAUGAGUACGUCCAGUAUAUAUAAUUGCACAGAAAUUAAGUCAAGAUCAUGUUACGAAUGUAUAGCUAUGUCAACACGUACAUCAAGUCAAUUUAAGAUUAAUUAUGAUUAACACUGAAUACUAUUUUUGCUUUUUCUACCAAACUACGCUCACUACAUUUGUCAGUAAAAAUUAAUCUCAAGGAAUGUUAUAUGUGGCAUUUCAACAAGCGACAAAUUAUUUUCCAGCCUCAACGUGUCAUUUCUGAAUUAACUGUCUGCAUUAGCUAAUAAGGUUCUUUUCAUUCCUGUUUUCUUUUCAGCUAUAGACACUAUUAAGAACUCAGUCUCAAAAGCCUUAAGCAAUCAUUAUUUAUUUAGCACCAGACCACCUAUACUGGUCGUCUGCAGAGUUAAGCACGCAAGCACGAGACACAAUUACCGACUAACAUCACACUAUCCCAAUAUUUGGGAAUUGCUGUUCCAAAAGCACUAUUUCUUAAAAGAGACAGUUCCUUUAAUGGAAUGUGGGGAAAUGGAAUGUGGGGAAUUAUUUUUUUAAUUAAAACUUUCGUACUUUUGCCACACUUUCCCAUGAGUGAAACCAGGAGUUAUCAUGACAAAGGCUUAGUGCCAUACCGGAAACUCACCAUGGAUAUCCUUUGCAUUUAUUUUGCAUGUUUCUUGCGUAAAAUUUGGUAUAUUUUUUUAAAUUCAGGGACAAUUCCUUCCUAUUUAGACAACAAAAAUAUUUUUCUGGGGUUUUACAAUUUAUUUUUACUUUAUUUCCCUAAUAAACAUUCCGCCACAACAAAGUACUUAAGUCUCAAAGAAGUCUAAAAUAUACCUAGCCAAUAUAUUCGACAGGGAUAACAAUAUCAUUUUACAAAACACUUUCAAAAGGUAACAACGUCAGCUAGUAUAGUCCGUGAUGUCAUAUGUCCCACUCGAGUUCUGUCGAACUACACAACAACAACAUGUUAUUAAACGUUAACUGUCUUCCGUUUAUUGCUUUUAGAAUAUUCUUUUUCAAGCAUUUACGACUUUACCAUGACAAUCAACUUAAAUUUGUGCAAUUAAUUAGCAAUAUUGAUGUUCCUAUUUGUUCUAUUUUUGUUUCUUUAUAUGAGUGCCAGGAAAUCUUGGGAUUUAAUACUCGUUUUAAGUACAGCCACGUCUUUGCCGCCACAACAGAAAUACGGCAAAUUUCAAACAAACCCAUUUGUUUCGCACAUGAAAUAAUUGCGAGCUUUUUAUGACUAAUUACCAAUUUACACCUGAAAUGAAAUGGCGAUUAUAUAAAAUUUAAUUUUGGGUAAAAAGGUAAACUUUGUCUUUAUUAUGAAUUCUUUAAUGCUGAGUAAUCUUGUAGUUUUGCUUGUUGAAAUCAAUAUUUUAACAGUAGAGUGAUGUCAUCAAUCAUAAAACAUUGCUGGUCUUUCCAAACGUCUUUGAAGACCCGCCACCGAGUGGCGGUGAACAUGAAAGAACCCAAUUCACAGCGGUUGACCUUUGAAAAGUUAGUCAAGUUUUGUUGUAAAAGACAACAUAUUACUUUUCUUGCCGUUUAUACUGUUUGAAAAAAGCCAACGUUAGCAAGUAAAUUUUCUCACAACACUUAAUCCAAGGAUUUUACUCAACUUAAGUAUUUAUCUAUUAUUGAAUUCCAACUUGACUUAAUUCCCGGCGAAAUAACCAAUAACGGAAAUUGUUAAGGAAUAUGUACAAGUGUAUGAUUGUGUUUCAGCGUUUUAAUACCGAAAUACAAAAUAAAACAUUCACAGCACUGUGCAUUAGAAAGAACUGGUAACUUGUUAAUCUUUUUAUGGGGAGUCGGUGUUUUCUCAGUGAUGUGGCUUGCUUGUUUUAUUUUCAUGCGUCGAUGAUAUGUCUAAACCUCAGGAUGUUCAGUGUUCCACAUUCUUUACAAAAUUGUGUCGGUAACUAUAGAAGUAGGUAGCAUGCCAGGAAUAACUGGUAAACUUUACCUCAUUUUAAUAAAUUAGUGGCGCAACAAUGCCGAACAUGUGGGAGCUAGGAAACGGUUUGUAAAAAUAUACAGCGAACUGAUUCAUAAGACUACAAGUACAAGGCUGCGAUUUCUUGCACAUGUGGACUUAAUGUUUAUCUUACACUCAUGUUACAGUAAUUUAUGUUUACACAAUAAUUUUAUUUUAGGAGCUGACCUAAAUGUUGGAGCAAAAUUGAAACUGUAGCCUGUAGACUAUAGUUUAGCCGUCUAUAGUAUAUUUUACACAAUGAAUACCACAGAAUGUAUAAUAUUCAGAUUUUAGGGGAUUUUUUCCGAAACAAUUUAAAGGUAGUAGUUUAUUGAGUAUGUACAUUGUUGUAAAUAUGGGGCGAAUAGUAAAAUCGAAGUUUAUAUAAAGAAUAUUAAUAAUAAAUGUCAAAGGCGGCCCCUAAUUUGGAGUAUCUCACUCGUCAAAGCAAUUUUAAAGUUAAACAUAUUAAUUAUUCAUGUCGAAUAAACUCAAAACUGCCACUUAAAUCCGCUGCAGUUAAUCGGCAACGCACUAGGGUGAACCACAUAGCAGUAAUCAGCUUGGAAGAACAUCACUUACAAUUGCAGCGGUAAUGAAGGUUUCACCAAAGGUAAAGUUUUAUACAUAAUCCUUGUGUAGAUAUAGCCGUUGAUAAGAUUUUUUGUCACAAGAUGGGUGUUACUUUGCCACCUUCUACCUGUUGCUAAACACGCCUAUCCCUUUGGCCUAAUAUUCAACAAGAAUUUUAAUGAAUGGCAUAUAUGAGAUCAUAGUGUAGUAAGUGUGAUCAAGUGUAACUUGUUUCAGAUAUGUAACAUCUUCAUAAGCACUUUUCCGCACUGAUCUAGUAUAUUUAUACGGAGGAUCAGUAUCGAGUAGAUAAUUUUUUUCAAUACAUACAGUAGUUACUGUAUUAGCAUGCACAAAAAAUUAUUAAUUCUAUUUAUUCGUUCCGUUUUCGUGACUCAAUUAUAAUAUUUAAAUCGAGCAUAAGUGUGCGCUCUCAAUUCUGAUGCCAAAACAUGAUCUUGACCUGUCUAUUUAUAUGACAAGGUGAAUGUUGAUGUCACGUCCUGUUUUUGAAUACAAACCAGCUAUAGGAUGAUCUAAUAGAUAAAAGUUGAUGCAACAUGAUAAACAACAUACUAUAGAGUAUAGUGCGGAAGAAUAAAACGAUAGCAGGUAUAUCUGUCUAUACUACGUACACAGUAUCAGGAAAAAUGGAGAUAUAGAAUUAAUAUUAGAAUUUUUUUGUAACGGUUUUAUAUUAAACUCUAAUACAUAUAUUAUACACGGACACCGUGAUAUCAUCAUCUAUAAAACGGAAAGAAAACAGUUUUUGUACAAAAAGUCAUAAGUAUAGGACUUAUACUGCUUAUACUGCUUAUUGCUUAUUGAAAUAAACCUAAAUACAGCGCCAAUUCACCGUAUAACUUAAAAGGCCACAGUUUGAAAAAAGUAAUGACUUAUUGGUAAUUACACUGAAUAGCCUAUAUGCAUAUAUAUAUAUACCGCCGACCACAAAGUUCAACUUAUAUAAGUUCAAUUUAUGUUAGAACAAAUAUACUAAGCAUCAUUCUACUAGUAGAAAACUGAUAAAGAUUGAACGUAGUAAUUUUUCAUAACCAAUUGCUGGGUCCGGUGAAAACGACAAAAUAUUGUGCGUUUCUCAACUACUUUCAUUUGUCACUUUAUACUUAUGACUAAACGAGGAUCGUCCGGUCCAAGCCACGAAACAACCACUUGUGAAAAGUAACUAUAGUUUUACGAAUAUCACUCAUUAGUGAUCCGAACUCAGUAAGUUAGUAACUGUAACAAAAUACCACGCACUGCUGCAGUCACAUACCAUUGGUAAGUAUUGCACCUGAUAUAUUACCCUUGCCUCCAUGCCAAGCCGCUGUAUACCGGGUUUGAAACUGCAUAGGCAAAGUAAUAGAGUGUAUAUAGUGUUAAUCUUCGUCUUUAGAAGCGAUCACUUCAAGUCUAACCCACCAAGGAAGUUAAACAUGGUUUCAGUUAUGUAUCAGAUGAUACUGUAUUUAAAAUAUGAAUAACUUCACAUUCAUUCAUAUAUAUAGUGGGGCGAAUAAGCGCACAAUUUUGCAAUAAUUGUGCAGGUCGUGAAGAAAGCACCAUAUUGACAGUAUGUGUAUACUUUGACACAAGUAUGAAUAUCAGAUAUGGAUCGACGCAUCUGUGAAAUCACAGUUACGCUGAUAGCUAAAAAUUCUGAAUUUCUGACAUUUUAAUAUAAGUUUCUAUUACUGAUAGAAAUUUUAAAAUUCCAAGGUAGUUCACAGAAAAAAUAAGUUGUAUGGUUGAAACGUACACAAAAAACUGUCUAUAGAACAUUAAAGCAGUUUUUUUAUUUGCCAAGUCGUUUUCACGUUAAUCAGUUUCGAAAUCGCACAAAAUCAGAUAAAAAGUAGUUUCAAAGACUGGCACUACCUUCAAAUCGCCUUUUUUAACAGGUUGCAGCUCAGGAAAUAUUUGGAAAAUCAAAAAACUGCUUUAAUGUUCUAUAGACAUUUUUUGUCCACUUUUCAGCCAUAGAACUCAUUUUUUUGUGAAGUACUUUAGAAUUUUAAGAUUUGUCGAGCAGUAUAACAGAAAUUUAUCAGUAAUAAAAUGUCAGAAAUUCCAAAUUUUUUACUAUUAGCGUUAAUUUCACAGAUGCAUGCCUCCAUACCUGAUAUUCAUAAUUGUAUCAAAGCCUACACAUCCUGUCAAUAUGGUGCUUUCUUCACAAAAUGCACAAUACUUUCACUUAUCCGCCCCACUAUUCAUAUCUUCAUUAAUUACCAUCACUGCCGUAAAUUCAAAAGAAUCAAAACGCCCCCAAAAGAGUCGUUCUGGAAUCAAAUCUGACUACAGUACAAAUGCCACUACAAUUCUGAUUUUCCCACGGAAAAAAAACCUUUAAUUUCUCAGGGAAAUAAUUUGCCGACAUUCCUGCCGCCGUUCUUUGAAUAAAAAUAACUGUAACAAACUUCGGAGCACAUGUGAGCGUGCUGUGAUGGAAUAACUGCACGCUGGAUCUCUGCUGAGCAAGCAUGCUUCCUACAUUCAUGUGCAAUGUGUCCGGAUCUUUGUAAAUUCUCUCAGUGAUCCAUCUUCGUUUUUCAAUACUGACCGCAUUAAUCAGUUUUAACACAGCUGUAUCAAAACCACUUUAUACUACAGAGGCCGGUUGUACGGUGAAAGCUGGACAGCGCUAUAACCACCGCGAAUAGUUAUUUUUAUGCUUUCUUGAAUUGCCCAUUGACUGGUAUAACAGAUUAAAGUAUAAAUUUCCUUUUAUUAAUUGUGACUAUAGAUCCAUAUCCAUGUUAUUAAUUGUGACUAUAGAUCCAUAUCCAUGGUCGGUCAUUUUUACAACAUAUGAAGAAAUCACCAUCCAGUGGAGAGCGCUAUCGGGCCUUCGGCUUCGUGCAACCGACCCAAAAUGGGUUUUAAUAUUUUUAUGUGUGUAUUAAUAAUUGGUCUUCUUAGGCCUCGCUCAGGCUCAAAUAUUCUUAUUUAAUUUCGGUCACAGAAACGAGCUAUGUCAAGAAGACUUAUUAAAAUGUACGUAAACUAAAAUUUAAAUUCAUUUGCAUAUUAUGAGAGUGGUCUAUAGUAUAGACUAUAUACGCUAUAACUUCAAUUCAAAAACGGCGAAACGAACACUGCAUGAUUUUUCGGCCAGACCUCCAGUUCAUUCAAAAUGUUGAAUUUAACUGAAUUCUGAAUCUUACAAACUAAACUCAAUGAAAUAGCUAUAUAUGUGUAUAUAAUCUGUUAAAUGACUGGACUAAUAGUAAUAAUCAAAAAGUUAUUAUUUGUAUCUAUAUAGUUUAACAACCCUGAAGAUGAUUCCUGAGUGUAUGAUAUUUCAGUACUCUGCCCACCCCCCGCCCCAAGCUAUUUUAGAACAGAACUCCUUGCACAAUUACUGUCGUUACUACCAAAAAUUAUAUUGAUACUUGCCAAUGAAGUAUUACAGGUAGCCGUCCCACAAGUAGUUGCGAGACUGCGAGUUACUUAUAUAGGGCCAUGAUAGAACAUAUACAUAUCCUUCACGAGCAUGCUAACCCGCGAAUACCCACUGAGAUAUACAAGCUUGAGGCAAAACAGGUACUUGAAGAAAAUAUUGACCAAGGCAUAUGCCAAUUAUCAAUGCAAGCAAAAAUUGAAAUUAUCUAGAGAGGUCGCCAACGAAAGUAAUUAAUUUCCCGCAUGCCUGUAUUUUGCAACAUUUUUCUCACUUGCUGAGUCGAAUGGCUGGGGGUAAUCUAUAUAAUACGGACUAAUCAGUUUACAGGCGUGUUUUAUAAGAGGGUUUUGAAGUCGCACAAUCUAUUCACACUAGUACUCGUGUGUCUAAUGAACAAUUAAAAGUCACUGUGCUGUACCUCCCCAUAUUAAAUGCAGAUAAUUUAUUUCUUGGAACCUUACCUAAUUACAUCUCACAAGAAUUUGGCUUCGGCAUACGCGCAUUCGUCGGUGUACAAAGUGCAUGACCUAUAUAUGGUGCUACGGUGAGUAACUUGGCUCCCUUUCAAUGAACAAGUUUAAAUCUUUUUUCGAGUCUUUUUUUUAUUUUAAAAAGGUGUAAAACCAUCUUAAUUUCAUCAAGUUACUUAUAUUCGAAAAUUUUCAUUUUCUCCUGCUAAAGUGUUUUCUUGCUUUGAAUGAAUAUUAGUGUUACACAGUUUGAUAUCAGUCUGACUGUUUGUUUCCGUCCGACAAAGCGCUUUCCGAGCAAGGCAGCGUGCCCAUAUUCCAUAAUUAUCUCAGGUAUUUCCUAACCAAAAUAAAUAACGAACUGUUGAUACGGUUUCAGUAUCCGGUAUUUGGUUUCAACUUGAAAAGACAUCAAGGAACGAGAAAAGCGUGUAAUUUUAAAAUGAUUUCCUUAGUUUUUUAUGUUCCCGACACAGCGUAUCUUGCUGAGUGUAGGCAAACAUUUCUCGGGAUGAAAUGAGCAUUGGUGAUGAGUACUUUAGUAAAUCGCAACGCACUAUGCGAUGAUUACUUAUUGUUGUUAACCUACAAGUGGCAAAAACCCAUGCUGAGAAUUGUCAAGUGACGAAUUUUAGCCUCGACUGCGUUCAUUGGAAAACUGAAUUUAGUGAUGAAAGCUUGGAAUUUUAGAAGUGGUCACUUAUUGGUUAUGACGCUUAAUUAAUGUCACAACUGUCAUUCAAGCAGUUUUAAUCGGAAGCUGUUUGGAUAAUAGAGCGCGAGUAAAGAAGACUAGGCUAGUGUGUCUCAACAAAAGCAUUGGGAUUAUUUUUUAAGCCGAAUAACUAAACGAAGAACCGACCGUACUUACGACCAGACUCAGCGUUCAACCUUAUUUUGAGUGUGUGUGUGUGUGAAUAUGGCGUUAGAUCGUCGGUCUAAAGAAACCAGGGUAAGGUUACACAUCAUUCCGCGAGUGCCAUUUAUAAACCGUGGCUCCCAGAGACGUUUGUUCUGACUGUAUUAACAGAACAUCUCUCAAUAGAUAAUAUAAGUACGUAAUGUUUUCUUUUCUUCGUUCUUGUCUAUAGAGCGUAAUGGCUUGUGACGAUAGAGAUAAAGCGUGUACGAACUGCGGCGAUGGAUGCCCUGGUUUUUCGAUGCAUUAUUGGAGGUGAGUGGGAAUAUAUAUAAAUGACCUAUAUGACUUAAAAUUAAAUAGCAAUGCGUCUGUCACAGGUGGCAUAGAUAUGCGGUUUAUAAAACAGACAUGGCUACAACACUAUCGUUUCGCUAACUCAUAUGAGAAAAUAGCCGAUGUUUUUCAUUGCAUUUAUUUGAAGUUUUACGACUUCCUGAAAUAGUAAGCUCUGUGGUUUCCCGUCGGCUACCAAUACAGCCUAGCAUAUUGAAUAACAGAGCGAGUGUUUUGCCUUCAAAUACUAUGACCACCAAGUGCGCGUUCACUGGAAUGCUUUCAAAACAACGUUGCAACAAAGAGAGCAUCUCUUUUUGCCAUUUUUUUUGUCUUACUUAUAAUAACUUGACUCAUAUAUGUGAUUUUACACAAUUUAGUUGAAAAGAAUAUUGAAAGGGUGCGAUUAAUAUAUUCAACAAGUAGAUCAAGAAACCCCGUAGCAUUCCGAUUAAUCUAUUUACAGUUGAAGCAGUUGCAUAUUUGAUCCUAUUUGUUUUUUUGCUUUGCUCCUUAUUUCGCCGAAAGAAAUGAUAGGUUAUAAUUUGCCAGUUGUGCAUGAUUGAUGAAGAAAUUGAUGGCUUGUAGAGUUAAUUGUCAAGCAGUUACACGAAAGGCAAAGCGUUAACGUAACAUGUAACAUGUAACACUGCUAGUGAAAUGUCUAAUGGUUUGUAAGGUGAUAAUAUAAUUAAGACACUUCACUGCAUCACUGUGUCUGGUGAAAGUUUUUGUUGGUAGAAGCUUGUGAAAAAUCAUCGUGAAGUGUUGUUGUCUAGGGUUACCAUAUAGUGUUUGCUUUGUGUCUAUAUUCCGUCUCUCGAUUAACAUGAUUGCGCGUAGGCCAAACAACGCUUUAAGGCUAUCUUACCAUAUAAGAAUUAUAUAAAUGUUCAUUUGUUUCGGUCUAAUAAUACUUACUUACUUCUGAGACUGUGAUAUAAUGCACAGAAAUAGCAGAUGGAAAAUAUUUUUGUGCAAUAACAUAUAUUUGUUGAUUAUUCCCCAUAUAUAUCAUACCGAUGCCUGAUUUAAAACAGACCUAAUAGCACUUGGUAUUUGGGACUCGUUGAAUAUGCUUGUUUUGCCAUACUGGCCUCUUCAUCAACACUUCGAAUGUCAUGAAAAGUGCUAGUUUCUCGGAGCAUAUUUUUUGCUUAGUCGCCGUAAUACGUAGCAGUUAAUAUACAUAUAAACGAACUUGAUGAGACAGUUGUUAUUUUAAUAAGUGUAUCAGAUUGCAUGACUAUAAUCUAUAUAUUAUAUACAGCUUUUCAUGCAAGAAAUGAUUUAGUUCGAAUAUUCUUCGGCCGUCCUAAGUUGAUUUGAGUAUUUACUUUUCGUUCGGUCGUCAAAACAGUCCUGCUGCGUCAUAAAGUAUUAGACAUAGAAGAUUAAUUUAUUGCCCUAUCUCAAUGUAUUACUGUGUCUGAAUCUCAUCUGUUCGCUGUAGAGAAUGGGCAUGUUAAUUGGAUUAUAUGUUAUUCCAACGCCAGAAGCAAUGAAAUAAAACCAUCAAACUAUACUCUAUAGAAAAUACACACCUUCUCAUAUCUGUUUGAUUCUUAAAAUGUAUAGACUACCGUGGCAGUUUUUUCAUAUUACUUUCACUGUUUACACUUUUGGUUAAAAAUGCGGUUACGAACGCGUCCUACAAUACAUAGCCUUGUAAUAUGUUAGCACAAAUAUUCAGAAAGUCGUACACACAGCCUAUAGCAUCGAUUGGUAAUGAAUGUUUGAAACGGUCUUAUCUAGAUGAUAAUAUUGCGAAAUUUUUUAAAUGGGGCUCCUUCACUGACACACGGCAAUCAAAAUAUUCAAUCCUGUCACUUUGCUUUUACAAGCAGCUUGUGUGGAUUAAGUUGACACGUUUGUGUUUGCAUAUAUACAGAUUUAUUAAGUUCUCGUUAAAGUCCGGUGUGAAGACAAAAAUUUUAUUAAAUUGUGGUAGAUUAAUAGAAAGCGCGAUUUCAUUUUUCAAAUCUUAUUUACUUGACGUUUUGUGUUGGUAUCAAACAGAACAACUUAUCGCUGCAGUACAGGCAUCAGAUUAAGGUCUGUAGCAUAUAGAUUUAUUUAUAAAUAAGGCGUAUAGUUGCAUUUGUGUAGAUAAUAUUUGACUUGCAUAUUUUAUUCUAAAUUUCCGAUGACUUAAGAAGUUUUAAGCUGUGUAAAUACUUCCAGCUGACUCGUACUGGGCAAACUGUUUUCAAAAUGAAAGUUGUUCUUUCACUAGAUUAAUAUGGAAAAACAAUUGUUCUUCCGCAAAGAAGCUUAUUUGAGAUAGCAUUAAUCAGUUUCCUGACCAAGCGAUGUGAUAGAGCCCCACACGUUCUCUGUUUCAUAUCCUCAACACUACAAUACUGGACUCUUGAGUCAACUUACGUACGUUCCAAACGUCAGAGAUAAACAUCAAUUCAAUUGAUGUAAAUUCAACAGACGAAUUUAAUUUAUUUCUACCUGCAUUUCUUGCCAAACAAUGCUGAACAAUUCAUCCGAGCAGGUACAUAAUGAUUUCUAUAUAGCAUUAUAGGCGUCUAGAAUACACCUGCACAGUACUUUGGUGUUACAUGCUUAAAACAGGAAAUUGGAACAAAGCGGGUUUAAAUCAAUUUUUGAAUCAAAUAACGAAAUACUAUCAGAAUAUAAAAAUUUGAAGUAUUGUUCAAGAAUAUAGCAGAAUACUAUCGAAGAAUUUGAAGUACUGUUCAAUCUUUAAUGUCAGUUUUGCAUGACCUCAACUGAGAUGCCUUUUCAAUUCAAUGUGGUUAUCUUUAAAAAUAUUACAUCUUACAAUCUUAAUUGAUUUAUUUCUAUAGGACACCUGCACUGGUCUCUACUGCACUAAUUGUUAUCUACUAGUCUACAAUACUUUAUAUAGCUGCAUUAUAAAAUCAUUUUACUGAAUUUUGCAGAAAAAUUUGCAGCAACUGUAAAUGCCCAAGAGAAGCACACAAUGUCUUUCUGGACGACCUAGAUCAAAUACCAACCAGUCAGUUUAUGGUAGAGUUCAACCGUAACAGUUUUGUCAGUGAUGAUGAUAGUGGAUGUGCCUUGGAAGAAUACUGUUGGGUUCCAGUUGGUUUGUCACCUGAACAGGUAACGUACAAUAUACUAUAUAUUCCAAACAUGGCUGUACAUGGGCUACUCGUGUAUGUAAAGUUUUGCUUUACAAUAAGCUCUAGAAGUUCACAUCAGACAUGUUGUUAAUCUUUCCCAUGUAGUUCUGACCAAAACCACAAUGGCUUACUAAGUAUACAGUAUAUUUUUAACUGGCAUUUAAUUUAGGGCCAGUUACUCUAGAUAGUAUACAAGUAGCAACACAGCUGCACAUGGCUGUUUCUUCUCUCUGGGCUUCCUUUUUGAGCUUUCAACAUUGUAUACUCUCUAUCUACAAAAUAUGCACUCUUUCAAUCUACUGCAUACAGAGGUCUAAUGACCUUUUUACACCAUGUUGUCACAUUAUAAACUUGAUCCUGAUGGUGACGACAAGGAUUUUAUGAUUGCAUUUUUCUAAGAUAUUUAUGAUGAUGGCAAUAGUAAAGUGAUGAAAAAAUAACCAAGCUGGUAUGGUUGGAAGGUGGGAAAAAAAUAAAGAAUGCUUGCAAUGCAAAACCACUGAGCUCUAAUUAUAACUUCUCUAAUUAUAACUUAGAAAUAGAAAUUCAUAUAUGGCAGAACUAAACUGCACAAACAAUAGACUAUUCCAACUACUUUCUGACCAUUCUACAAACUUUAAUAUAAUGAAAUUUCUAUGGAAAAUACAAAUGCUACCAGCCUGCAUGGUACAUACAUGUAUUAAGCUCAUUUAUUCAAAUCAUAUUGUUUUAAUUGCAGGUUUUUGCAUAUAUGAGUGCUCUACCAGAAGACAAAAUUCCUUACGUCAGCAGUCCUGGUGAGAAAUACAGAAAUCGUCAGCUUAUUUUCCAAUUACCAGCCCAUGACAGUGAGUCUCAGUACUGCAACAAGCUAAGUGAGUCAGAGAAACGAGAACUAAAGCUUUUCAAUUCCCAAAGAAAAAGAGAAGCUCUUGCUCGAGGGCUGGUAAAGCAAGUAACAUCGGAAGGACUACUGUGUGAAGAGGUAACUUAUAAAAUAAGGCUAUACAUUAAUAAUAUAUAAAUAUAGCAACACCACGAAAUUGAAACUGGUUUGCAGUUUUGUCAACUUCAAGAAUAUGGAAAAUAUUUAAACAUUCUUUCAAAAUUUGAUAUAAAUUUUUAAACUGCAUCUUUUCAGAAAUAAUUUUAUGCAUACACUCUGUAUAUAUGCUGUUGCAUAAUCUUAUACUGUAGUUUAAAGGAAGUAUAUACAGCUUGCUAGUAACACAUUAUGCGCCUACAAUCAAUGUAAAUUCCAUGGAAGACGGUGCAGGCAGGGGGUGUGGAUCUGAGAAAUUGAAACUUUGAGAAAAUUCCUGUGGGUGAAAAGAUCUAUAAAUAUCAAUCAAAUGUAUCAAAAAACGCCCAUAUUAUAUCAUAUAUAAGAGCCCCAUAACAACUUUGACCAUCAGUCAAAUAUCCUCAAAUGCCUGAUGCCUGGUAUAAAUGUACAUUGAUAGGUAUUAGUUGCAUUCAUUUGCAACACACACCUUUUCAUAUAAAGUAAAACUGAGAUUGUAUAAUAAUAUUAGAGCACAGCCACAUUGUACAAUAAACUGUCCCAGACUAAGAAAACAUGUAAGAUUUACCUUCCAAAAUUGGAUCGAAAAUAGAAAUAAACUCAAGAAAUGAACGAAAAGAUGUUUUAUAUAUUUUCACAUAUUAAUUUUACCCCACAAAUAAUCAAAUGUACUAUAUAUUGUACUAAUUAGUAUUGUUUAUAACAAAAUAUUUCACUAUUUCUGUAUAAAUGUACUCACAAUUCAAGUCAGCAUUUAUUUUCGAGUUUCGACGAGUAUAAUUUCUUUCUUUCGUCCGCCAUUUUGAUUCUCUACCACAUUUGUCUUGGUUCCAGUCUAAGUGAUCAUUUCCGCGGCAGACACUUCAAAAAAACAUUUCGGACUUUCCAAGAAAAGUUACCCUCGUAUUUUUAAUUUAGCCUGCGUGCAGCCUAACUUUUUGAUGGGGAAGGGGGAAAAGUCAGUCUAUUUUAAUUAAGCACUCAAUAUAAAUGCAGGGUUUUUUCGAUUUCAUUUAUGCAAAUGAUAAAUGCUUCAGGCAUGCAAAUGAUAAAUGCUUCAGUUGUUUUACAUGUGGUGUAUCGUUGGUUGGUAGUCCAGUAUAUAAAGAUUUGUGUCAAAUAAACACAUGACAAAGUACGCACGCACAUGACGCACCAUUUACAGAGGAAACUCACGAAAAUUUUAAAUUUCAACAUACACAAAAGUUUUGGGAAAUUUUUUUUUUAAAUCCAGGGCAAAUUUUUUUCUAGACGGGCGGGGACGAUCACCAACUAUUGUUUUAACUGGUCUAAACUGUGCAGACUAUAAGACUAAGCUGGUCAUCUCGAAAUUUGGUUGAAAUUCCCGAAUUUUAUGGUUAGAAAAACCUUUGUCUACUUUUGUUUUCAUCGAAUCAUCCGACGUGGGAACUCUCGUAAGACAUAACAUAUUCAAUGCGCAAACACGACACAGUCGAUUGUGCUCAUGAAAUAUACUGUAUAAAUCGGACAGAAUACCAUUAGAAAUCACAAUAAAACUGCAGGAGGAGUCAACUAAAGGCAACAUUGUUAUAUGUAUUUUUAGUGUGAUGAAGAAGUAUACUAUGGAGAUAUUGCUGUCUACGCAAGUCGGAUGAAGAACAGCAAUGCUUUGUGGCACCCGGGUUGUUUUUGUUGCAAUGAUUGCAAGGAAUUGUUGGUAGAUUUGGUUUACUUUUAUAAAGACGAGAUGGUCUACUGUGGACGUCACCAUGCUGAAAAAUAUCGACCACGUUGUUGUGCUUGUGAUGAGGUGAGAAUUAAGACACCUACUGAGUACUGUACAGUCGCACAGAUGUCCUAAAAUAAUUUAAUUGUUUUAAUUCUCGAAGGACUUUAAAUCCUAAGUACCCUUAACGUAAAACUUCUCUACUGAUUUAGGCAUAUAGUGAGCAUGAUAGAAAAUGCAUUUAUGCUCGGAAUACCGUAAAUAUUUAGCUAAAACGUUCUAAAAAGUACAUUUUAAACAGAUCAAAACAUUAGUGUUCAUUGGUUUAAACUGUAAAAAGCUAUUUAUUUAAGAAUAAUUAUAAUCACAUAAGUGAUUAUAAGAAGGAUUUCGUGAUAUUCAAAACAAAUAUCUAAGACUAAGCGGUUUUGAAACAUUAUUCCAGUAUUUUGUUUAUCAAAAUCCAUCAUUGCCUGAAUUUACUCUGACGUUAGUACAAAUCGUUAGUAUUGUCAAGUUAUACGUCUACAGACCACAGUGUAUGUAAUUUCACUGUAAUCCUGUUAUCCCAACAAACCAUUUUCUUGAUAUUUUUCGAAGACACCCAGGGAGUGUUUGUUUUGUUUUAAUAUACUUCUUUGUUUUGUUUUUCUUGUAGCUUAUCUUCGCAAGAGAGUUCACUGAAGCUGAAGGUCGCAGCUGGCACAAGAAGCAUUUUUGUUGUUUCGAAUGCGAGAGCGUUCUAGGCGGGCAGAGAUAUAUUAUGAAACAAGAUCGUCCAUAUUGUUGUUCUUGUUACGAGCAACGUUUUGCUCAAUACUGCCAUUCCUGUGGGGACGUCAUUGGUGUGGAUGAUGAUCAACUCAGUAAAGGUGAUCUACAUUGGCAUGCAAAUGAUAAAUGCUUCAGUUGUUUUACAUGUGGUGUAUCGUUAGUUGGUAGUCCAUUCAUGCCUAAAGAUGAUGAAAUCUACUGCUCAGCGAUGUGUAGUCGAGCAUCCCCACACCUACACAUGAACCCCGAAGUCCCCCGAUCACUCCAACAUAAACUUCUAGAAGAUGAUCUUGCAUGUCAAAGAGAAGUGGUCGGUGUUGCUCCGCAAUUGAGAAAAGUUAAAGAAACAACUUUUGAUGAGUUUAACAAUGUACGAAGUGAUGUCAAACUUAUCGAAACCUGUCAUAACCAUGACACAAGGUUAAACAGCCCGUCACGCAGCACUCAAAGAAAGCCGAAAUCACGUGACGAUGACGUAAUUCUAGCCAUUCCUGUCGAGGACGGCGACAGUAAGGACAGCAAUUAUGGUACUGAAACGUCUUCUCUCGUUGAAGAAGAUAUCCAAAGAAGUAGAUUCCUGUCUGCGAGCUAUGGUGUUGGCAGGAACACAGCACGCAUGCGUGACCGAGGAUAUGACACUGACUGUCCCAGUACAACUUGUGUAUCACGGAAAUCAAGUGAACGAAGUACUGAUCGUGGCUACGAGACUGAUGGUGCUAUGAGAUCAGUACGAAGUAGGGUUGUACGUACUUAUGAAACGACGCAAAAUCGUCCUAGACAGUCAUCGCGUUGUGGGUACGAGACAGAUGGCGGUCGAAGUCGGGUGUAUAAUGACGUUAUUGAACGUGGUUAUGAAACUGACGGUGCGCAAAGACGAGGGUAUAGAGCACGAAAGCAAGAUAGCAGAGGUUACGAGACUGAUACAGGGAGAGGUCAUAGCAGAAAUGUUGAUAGAGGAUAUGACACUGACAGCUGUGCAACUAGAGUACAUAAAGACAAAUCACUUCGAUCAAGAAAGAACAAUAAUACACAAACUGUUAUUUAUUAUGAUUUACUUGGCGGGCCUGAAGAUCAUGAGUUUAAUCGUGAUGCUCCGUUACAAGUGGUUUACACGAAUAAUUCGGGGAAACAAAAUGGACGUUCUAUGGGGUCUAUGUCAUCACGUAUGUACAGCAGUGUCCGGGAGGCUAGCCACAAAACACGAGCACAUGAAUAUGAUGCCGAUAUAAAUAAAAUGAACUCACAUUCUAUGGAAAUGCUGGAUCGCAAUGUUGGACAAUAUACUCGUGCAUCUGAUAAAAACAGGGGUCCCAUGAGAAGAACGAGCAGAAAUAUUAAUUCAGAAUCAAAUACUAGAGAACGAAAAGGAUCAAAUAGUAAAAAGACUCUUCCUUGGGAAGAUCCUUUUUGUAAUCCAGUCCGCUAUCCCAACCUGGCCGAGGCAAGCACGCGCAGAAUCCGCUAUGUUGACGAAGUUGGAUAUUCGCCUGAACAGCGGUUGUUCAGCCCGUCAAGCAAGAAGACACCUAAGACAGAACGCAAGAAUAAAUCGAAGAAAGAUUGUCGUGUACAAUGAUAUAAGUAAUAUUUUGUAAAUAUUGUAAUAUAUAAUA